CGCUUAUCGACCUGUGCGGGCGACCUUGAGAAGGCAGGCUCAGCCUCCGCUCCUUCCAAGCCGCCUUACAGCAGCAGAGCCGCGGCUAUGGAAAGCUGCGAAGCGGCGGGUGCCCAGGUUGGCGAGAUUCCAGAUAAUGACAUAUCACAGGUUGCCAAUGAGGAACCCAGGCGGCUGAGCAGAGAGCAGAUUUUUGUCAUGAUAUCAACAGCAUCUCUCAACUUCAGUUCAAUGGUUUGCUACUCGAUUCUGGGACCCUUUUUUCCAAGAGAGGCAGAAAGGAAAGGGGUUAGUAGUACAAUUAUUGGACUUAUUUUUGGAUGUUUUGCAUUAUUCAACUUCCUGACAUCUUUGAUAAUGGGAAAAUAUCUGGUACAGAUUGGAGCAAAGUUUAUGUUUGUUACUGGAAUGUUUGUCUCAGGAUGUGUCACAAUUCUUUUUGGAUUUUUGGACAAAGCACCUGAUGGGCCAGUAUUCAUAGGGCUGUGUUUUCUGGUUCGAGCAAUGGAUGCCAUCGGUUUUUCUGCUGCGGGGACAGCCUCAUUUUCUAUUCUCAUAAACACUUUCCCCCAAAAUGUAGCUACAGCUAUGGGCAUUCUUGAAAUUUUUACUGGAUUGGGAUUAGUGAUGGGGCCCCCAAUUGGUGGCUUUUUGUACCAGAGUUUUGGCUAUGAAGUCCCUUUCAUUGCACUUGGAAGUACAACGCUGCUCAUGGUGCCUCUGAACAUGUAUAUCUUACCAAAUUAUGAUUCAGUCCCUAAAAAAGAUUCGUUCUUGAAGCUUAUUGUUCUACCAAAAGUUCUAAUCCUUUGUCUAGCUAUAUUUGGACUAAGUGCAGGCUUAGCCUUUCUAGAUCCUACAAUGUCAUUAUUUGUCUUGGAAAAAUUUAAAUUGCCAGCAGGCUACGUAGGAUUAGUCUUCCUGGGAUUAGCACUCUCUUAUUCUGUAGCUUCACCACUUCUUGGUUUUCUAAGUGAUAAAAUACCGUGGUUAAGGAAGUGGCUGUUAAUCUUUGGAGGUUUGCUGACUGCAUUAUGCUAUUUUUUCUUAGGACCAGCUCCCAUCUUGCAUAUUGAAAGCCAGCUUUGGCUUUUCAUUCUGAUGUUGAUCCUGAUCGGCUUUGCUCUUGCGAUGAUUGGCAUGCCAUUAUUUCCUGAAAUGCUCAGUUGUGCAUAUGAGAAUGGUUUUGAAGAAGGAUUAAGCUUGUUAGGGCUGGUGUCUGGACUCUUUGGUGCAUUAUGGGCACUUGGGUCUUUUGUAGGUCCAACUUUAGGCGGAUUCUUAAAUGAGAAAGUGGGUUUUGAAUGGUCUGCAGCCAUACAAGGAGGAUUCUCAUUGUUAAGUGGACUGGCAUCUGCAAUUUUUUACAUUUAUGAAGCCAUACAAAGGAAGAGGUCCCAUCCUGGAAAUCUUCUUGGAUCAAAGGAAGAGAGAACUCUUUUAUUGAAUUAAACUUAAUGGGAAGUUUUUCUUGUUGCCAGUUUAAAUAUAACUUCAUUUGCAAAUUUAAGAGCAUAAUAUGCAAACGAAGAGUAAGCAAAUGUCAUGAAAUGUAGUUCUUGCACAAUGCCCCUUCAAAAUCCCUGGAUUAUAAGAAAUUAUGGUGUACUGCUCUCUUAUUAGACAAUAAUAUGCCAUUCCAUUAUUAGAUCUAUCAUUCCAAUUUUAGCCUUUUUUCAUUUCUGUGGUGAUCUUCUGAGAAAAGUUACAGUGGAAGAGAAUGUCAAAGAAGUUUAGAUAGUAAAAGUGUUUCACACAAAACGUUCUAUUAUUGACUUUUAUACUUUGAUAUAGGGGCAUGCACAAAAAUGCAAACUAAUAAGAACGUUAAUUUCAAAUGAUCCUAUGUUGGUUUGGUCAGUUUAUUGAACUUUAAUAUGAAACUGCAUUCUGGGCAUGUUUUUGUAUCCUUUUCUUUUUUAAACACAUUCUGAAACUCAGCAUCACUGGGACAGAAGAAACAGAAUGCAUAUAUAUCAAAGCUCAGAGAAUCAAAUAAUUCAACAUACAUUUACAGCUUACACUCCCUGGAGUGGAGCAAAUGGCUGUCAUGAAGUGCAUAUUUACAUCACAGCCUUUGGCUUGCAAAGUCCUGCUACUUCUGUGCAUCAGUGAUAUAGGGAGAACACCAUCUACUCACUUAAAGACGCGUGCAAAGGGGCCUGCUAGUUGGGGCAAGUGGAAUAGGUGCUUGAAACCCCUGUCCUCCACCAUGUUGUCCCUUUCCCAGUCAUGGUUUGGAAGACUGGGGGGAACUUUACAGUGUAGAACAGGAUGGACUAAUCAACUAUUCCUAAACUGGAGGAGGUUUCAGAGGAGAAGUAGUAAAGGUCAGCUUUGUUUUAAAGUGAAAUGUUUGUGUGGGUGCGGUCUACCAAGCAUCCUAUCAGUACUCUUUGUAGUCUUCUCGCACUACUUAACUGGAAAUUGUUUUCUCCCAAAUAAGCAAGCAAGCUUCAGUUCAGGGAGGGGAAAGAAAUGUGCUAUUCACUUUAAAGGGGGCUACCUUGAAAAAUGGGACUGGGAGGGAGAGGUAUUCCCUCCCCCUGUAACCUAUCAGUUCUUACACUACUAAAACAAUUAAAACAGCACAACGGUAGGAGAAGGGGAUUUAUUAGAGGUAGACAGAUACUGAACCAGCAAAGCUUCAGCUGCAGCCUGUAGAUAGCAACAGGGCUUUUUCCAGCAGCCCAGCAAAAUCCUCAAUGAAGUCACUGCCUUGCAUAGCGCUGCAUAUGCAUGAUACUCAAAGUGACCAUGUUGUCUUCUGAGCUUUAUUUUGUUCUAAGCUCAAAAAAACAAACAAACUCAGAAGUUGGUAGUUUUGUUUAAGUAAGGAACUCUCAGAACAAAUAUUUUGCACAGCCCUGCUUUCAUAACCUUCAUAGUCAAUAUUAUGAUAUGGAUAAACCCUCCUUAGAUUUAAUUUAGAAAUUAAUUUUCAGAUCUACCCAGGAACCAAACAUGCUUGAGGAUUUACAACAACCCAAGUUUGCAUCAAUUGCACUUAAUUGCUAGGAAAUGAAACUAUCUCGUUCCAUGGAAUGCCUAAGCAGUAAGGCUAAGUUGUACUGCUCAUGGGUGCAUAUGUUGAACUACAUCAGGAAAUCAGAAAUCAUUUUGGUUUGGUUUUAGAAUGGAGAGAAACUAUUGUAAUCAACCCCGUCCAACUUAGCUGGAAUAGUAGCUGACAAGAUAGAUGUCCCCUCACCCUUUCACAAAGGGUGAGAAAGAAUUACCUGCUUCAGUGCUAAAUCAGCACCGUGAAAAAGGCCACAUUUUUAUGCCAAUUUUAAUAUCUACAGUACGCGGUUAAAACUUUUAUAUACCUUUUUUCUGAAUCCCAAUUGGGAUGCCAUUGUCCAAUAAAAAUAAUGGAAUGCCUAAUACAUUAUAAAGCCAAAUAUAUGGCAUUUUAUUUCCCUAUUUUAUAGAGUUGUUGAAAAAAAGGGCAAAGUAUGAGUGUGAGAAAGUAUAUCAAUCCAUAUAAGAUAGUAAUUGUAUGUUCUUUGAUCACCUCAGUGAUGUGUUAUUCUUGCUCAGAUGAAGCACAUGUUUUUCUGUGCAGAAACAGAAUGACAACCAAUGCUGUAUUUAUUUAUUUUUUAAAAAAAUAAAUUUUAAAACAUUUAAAGAAUAAAAUAAAUGGCUACACAAAAGAAAAAAAACAUGAGAAAAGACAUAAUGAAUGGGAAAUAAAAUAUUGGUAUAAAUCAACAGAAUUUACAAUUGCCAUAAAAUUUAAAAAUUAUUAUUUCAUUAAUUAACUGAAUAUAUAAAACUAAAUUCAUUACAACAUAUCGAUAAAUAACUGUAAAUCACCGCAAAACUCUAAAUGUCAAUAUUUAUAUUGAUAUCUCCACUAGUUGACAUUACCUAAAAUAAAUGCACAUGAUCUUAUGAAAGAUGAAAGAAAAAAUAAAUACAAAAACACUCAGUAAAAACAGUAUUAAGUUCUAGAUUCCCUCCCAUUGCACCCAACUAGUGAUUCCAUCAAAUUAUCUAUACAUAUUAAAAUUGCUUCUGAUUACAAUAUUAAAUAUUUUAAUUCUGUGAGUUUGCCUUGUUGUGUGAAAUGUAAUAUAUAGGGAAGCCAUUCUUUCUUAAAUUUAGUCAAACUUCUAUUCUGCAUGUCUACUGUUAAUUUUGCCAUUGCUGCGUAUUCCCCAAGCUGGGUUUCCUAGUCUGAUAUGGUCAGAAAAGUAUUUCUUUUCCAAUAUUGGGCCAAAUUUGUCCUCGUGGCUAUCAGCAUUUAUCUUCACAGACCAUGAUAUUCAACUCUAUAUUUAUUGAUAUAGGUAAGAACAGCUAACCUAUGGAUUAGGUAAUACUAAGCAUUUUGCUCUUCCUAAAAUGUUGUUAUUGCUGCUACUGAACUUUACAUUAAUGUAUGUUAUUUUUAUAUUUGUAAAUAUAUUUGCAAUCAACUUCUCAUUAAUAAAAUGGUGAA